AUGGGGGGUCGCCUAUCUCACGGCAAGAGGGUAGAGGAGUUAUCCAAAUGUCAUCCCGGUACCCGAGUUGCAGCAGGCUUUGAAGAUGACAAGUUCUACCACGAGCGGAUAUUGCUGUGGUGUGCCGGUGGGACAGACUGGGUGACCCUCACUCCUGACUAUGAUGUCUACAAUGAAAAUUUCAGUGGCAUCGGAGACCCGGGCUUUGACCGCUGCAAGAUCAAAGGAAUAGAUUUUUCUUAUUGGUGUUCUUGCACGCAGAACCCAGAACUUCCAAAUCCGCUGCAUAGAUUGAAGGACUACAUUUCCAUGCGCAGCUCACUUGAGAGGUUCAGCAUGGGCAUGGUGCUGUCAGCUGGCGAGCCCGAACAACGUGAGGAAACGCAACCGGAAGCGCAACCUGAAGUGUUUUUCCAACUGCAUCCUCCAUCGUGGAUAGGUGGAAAGUUGCGUGUGGCGAAAGGGGAAAGCUCAAGCUCUUCAAACCGUGGACAGGGGAGGGACCCUUUUGCCAGAGAAAGCUCCGAGAAGGAGGUCGCGCAGCAGAGCGAGAAGUCGCAGGAAGUCAGUUUCGUCGCGACGUGCAAGGAGCGCCAGGAGGAAGCUAAGGAGGAAGAGGUGAUGGACUACGACAAGACGGCGUCCGGAGAGGCGCUGCGCGACCAAGGAAAGGCCGAGGUUACCGGCACUUUGCCGGGAGGCCGUGGGGCCACGAUCACCGGCCCAGGGGCCGGGUUUCACCGUGUACUCCUGUCGGGAGCACAGGCGUGCAAGACGCACUUUGCGUUUCUGCACGGGACAGGACAACUGCUGGUCCCGAAGGGAAGUGCUUUCGCCAAGGAGGCCGACGAGGCGUUGCGCAAGUUGGCCUGGAAACACCGAGGAGUUGCAACAAAGAUGCAGGUGAAGAAUGGCAUCUACGUGUUUCCGCUUGAGGAUGGAAAGAAAGGGGGACUGAAGGGCGAGAGUAGAGGCCAAGACGGCCUGGGUUUUACGGGGAGGCUGAGCUGGUUGAGGAAGCCGCCAAAAGGAGAGCGGAAGCAGCGCGACAGCAGCAACAGCAGAGAGGAUGCUGGUGACGAUCGGUUCGCCGAGGAGCCAGAAGCUCCAGGCGAAGAGCAACAGAGAACUGUGGUGCCGAAGAGUCCAGACCAGCCAACAGCCGACCAGAUCGCACAGCACGAGGCCUCAGGCCAUGCAGUGCACCGCUCUUGGUGCGUCCACUGCCAAAGGGCACACAAGAUGGUGAAUCCACACUACAAGGUUCGACGGUCCGAGCUUGAGACAUCGUUGCCGGCACUGCACAUGGACUACUUCUUCCUUGGCAAGGACAAGCAAGAGGAUGAUGUGAUGCCACACCUUGUGGUGCGGUGCGACAGAACACAGCGCACCUGGGCCACGUCUCAGCCGCAAAAGGGAACACGCACUUACAACGUGACGUGGUUGGCAGGCAUCAUUCGCGAGGCCGGUUCGAAGAAGAUGUGUCUGUUUUCGAACAACGAGCACGCCUUGAAGGCGCUCGAGCUUAAGGCCAGCGAAGAGGUGAAAGGUGUGGAGUUCGACCUGCGAGAGUGCCCAACGAGCACAGAGCAUGGGAACGCACCAGCCAACGGUGUAGCUGAAGCAGCUGUGAGAGAAGUGAAGAGAAUGGUAAGAGCUAUCCUGUCGGAGCUGGAGACGAGGCUCAAGAUCGAGGUCGGCGUGGAUCAUCCGAUCCUUGCCUGGAUCGCGAGACACGCAGCGCUUCUCAUGAGCCGUUCUCGCAUUGGUGAAGACGGAAAGUCCGCUUAUGAGCGAACGCUGGGUCGACCAUGGCGGCGACUUACCAUUGUCUUUGGCGAGCAGGUGAUGUUCAAGCCUGUCGGUACAAAGCACAAAAGAGGAAGCCUCGAGAACCAGGGUUUCCAUGGGACGCUACGUUGGGACUGCGUCGAGGAACGCGGUGAACAGCCUGCACCUUUGCAGCGAGACUUCAAGGCACGAAACCUCUACGUCAUGAAGUCCGACAUAGAACUAUACGGCUACACGCCCCGGUGUCCUGGGUGCGAUGCGCAGCUGAUGGGAAAGGAGAGAGUGAAAAGAGCUCAGGAAAGGGUCGAAAGAGACUAUGGCAAGAAGGUCAAGAAGGACCAGCCUGCGUUGGAAGGAAGACCUGCGCCCGAUGCCAUGGAAGUUGCAGCGGAAGAAGCUGCAGGAGCACUUCUGUCGAGACCGAUGGAGACCGAAGAGUCCCCGACGCGACAAAAGAGGGAAGCUUCCACGGGCGUCGACGAGCUCUAUCGGGAGGCAGCGGCGAAUCCGCCGCCAGCCGGUGAAAAUGCCCAGAUCGGGCUGAUCACGAGGAUGUUCGAGCAGAAGGGCAUGACGUGUAGCCCCGCCGAGGCGUCAUCCUUCAAUUGGAUUUUGGAACGACGCAUGUUCACACAGGCUGAGCAUCUGCGUUUCUUCGAGAAGUUGGAGCACGCGAAGCCAAAGCUCCCAAUAGGAAGACUGCCCACCGGACCGUUCCAGUCCGUGCAACGCGCCUCUGACACCACCAACAAGGUGGGAGCCGAAGCCAGGCGCGAGAACCUGAAGAAGUCCCGUUCACAACUCGGACUUUGCUUCGAGGCCUUUCAGGCACAGAUGGAAGCAGGGAACUACUUCCUUGACGAGUGGCAAGGGGUGCAAAAUCCUGGGAGCAUGAACUUGCUCAAAGGAUGGAAGCGCACUUGGUUGGAGGUACAAUGUGCAAGUGGAAAGUGGACGAGAGCGGGAAGCUCAUUGCAGGGCAAAGCUGCAAGAAACGCACCCGCUGGGUAUGGAACAGAGAGCUUUCUUUCAGGAUCGCACAAGCUAAAGCCGAGUACCUUCCGAAGCUCGAAAGGGAAGUGCUCGCUGGAGUGCGAGCCCAACUGGUGCUUGAGGAGAGAUGAGGGAGGUAGGACACGUUGCAGGGCCAGGUGA